AUGUCGCAGGUGAACAACCAUGGUGGCGUGAACAAGCGGUUGCGAAUAUCAUCAACGGGCGCCUUUCAUCAACAUGAGAACCAGUCGUCAUCGUCGUCGACAAAUGUCGCUCAAUUUCAAUAUAAUUCUUUAGGUUUAUCAGUUGAUAAUGAAACAGAAUUAUCAUCCGAUUUAAUUAAAGAACAAAUCGAUAGUGUUGCUGAUAUUAUAACACAACCAAUAAUUGAAGUUCCAACAAAACGUUUAUUACAUUUAAAAGAACUUGGUGGAAAUUUAUUUGUAUCAUCAUCAACAAAAAUUUAUUCCAAAACUUUACAAAAAUUAAUUGAUCGAGUUUUAUUUACUAAAUCUUUAAAUGAUGAUGUUAAUACAGGUGUAUCAGAUUUACAUGUAUUUGAACGUGUACUUGCACGUUCAGAAGAUAAUGAUGCAUAUUCAACAUGUACAUCAUUAGCACAACCAACACCAGCAACAAUACUUAUACUUGGUUUUACUUCAUGUGAACAUGCGUUGGUUUGGAAAUUAUCACAACGUCGAUAUUUAAAAAUUUAUUGUUCACCAGCUAAUAGUGGAAUAUCAAUUGAUCAAUCAUCGGUUAUAAUAACAGAUAUUUUUCAAACGGAUAAAAAUGUUUUAGAUUUUGUUGAAGCAAAACAAAUUGAUCUUGUUAUAUCAUUAAAUAAAUCAUUUUAUUUUGAUGAACUUGAAGCUCGAUUACAUGAACGUGGUGUACAUUAUUUAGGUUGUUCAUCUGAUACAUUAACUUUAAGUGAUGAUCAAUUAUAUGCAAAACAAUUUAUGAUUAAACAUAAUAUACCAACAUCAGAUUGGAUACAGUGUUUGACAUUUGAUGAAGGAGAAAAUUAUUUAAACAAAUAUCCAAAUCAACAACAAUGGAUUAUUCGUGCUACAAAUGGAAAUAAAAUGGUUCAUUGUAAAACACGAGAUGAAACUUUACAAACCCUUAAAGAAAUUUUCCAGGAUCAUUUAUUUGGUACAACAAAUCAAUCAGUUAUUGUUGAACAUGGUUAUUCAUUAGAUGAUAAUCAUGUAUGUACACUUUAUAUUGUAAGUGAUGGCGAUGGUGAUUAUACUCAAUUACCAAUAAUAGAAUCAGAUUUAUUAAAUUUUGGUGCCUAUGGCCCAUUUCCAUAUUUAACAUCAAAACAAAUGUCUUUUAUUCGUCGACGUAUUGUUGAACGAACAUUACGAUGUUCACCAUCGAUUCGUCAUUUUUUUGGCUUUCGAUUACUUAUUAAAGGAACAAAUUAUAAUGAAAUUAAUUUACUUGAUUAUAAAUCAGUAUUUGAAGAACCAGAAGGUGAAGUACUUUUAUCUUUAUGUGAACCAGAAAUAGUUCUUCAAUAUGCAUUGGAUUUACCAUCUGUACCAAUUCUAUCAUUAACAAGUAAAAAACGACGUAUGCACUGUGUAAAUACAACAGUAAUAUCAAAGAAAAAUUCAUUAACAAUAUCAAAUAAAAUUUUAAUAAAUGCAACAAAAAAUAAUAAAGUUAAAAUUUUUCAUAAUCAAACAAAUGCUGAUACUAGAGGAGGAGGAGAAAUAGGUAAUAUAACAACAAAUGGAGAAAGAAUUUUUAAUGUACUUGGCUAUGGUGCAACAUUACAAGAGGCACAAGUUCAAUCUGUACUUGCCUGUGAAUAUAUUAAACAACAUACAAAUAUUGAUGAUUUAGUAUUUAAAACUAAUAUUGGUUCUGAUGCUAUCGAAUGGUACAAGACUCAUGGGAAUAUUCAUAAUUCUAAAUUAGGUGGUUUAACAAAUGGUAAAAAGAAAAAACCAAAUAACAAAAGAUCUGUCUCCGCAAUAUCGAAUAAAAAUCAUCAUGGUACUCGAACAUAUCGUCCAAAUACAAAAAAUUCUGAACAUACUGAAGACGAAGAUGAAGAGGUUGAUGAUGAAAGUGAACCAAUGGAUUUUGAACGAGCAUUUGGUUCUACAUCUGAUACUUUAAAACUAGAACAUAAAGAUAUUUAUCAUAAUAAGAAUUCGAUCAAUGGAUUGAAUAUUGUCGAAGGUGAUUCAUAUUUUGAUCUCUCCAAUAAAAUUGAUCUUAAAACUUAUACACAACCAGUACUUCUCUCAUCAACUAUCAAUUUAAAUUUAUUAGCUUCAUUAUUUAAUUUAAAUGAUGGAGAUAUGAAUGAUAGUCAAAAUGUAUUUGAAUAUCUAGGUCAUGAAUUAGCAGUACGUUCUGCUAAUGAUCUUAUUUGUGCUCAAGCAUUAUAUAUUCAAUGUUGUUCAUUACCAAUAUCAUUUUAUGAACGUUCAGUUCAACGUUUUUAUCAAGGAAUUGAACAAGCAUGUCAACAAUUAGAUUGUACAUUUCUUAAAACAACAUCAAUUUCAUCAUCAUCAUCAUUCAAUGCAUUAUGUACAGGUGUAUGCAAUCGAGAAUUAUUAGUACUUAAUGAUAAUAAUAAUAAUAAUUCAAUAAUAAAUGAAGGUGAUUUAUUAGUGGGUCUUCGAUGUAGUUCAGGUACAAUAAAUACUCAAGGUUAUGCUCAAUUAAAAGAUUUAUUUCAAAAGAAAAAUAUUCAUUUAAAUGAUCUUUUACCAUUUCGAAAUAAUGAUGGACAAGAAGAAUCAUUUUUUUCAUUAUUAUUACAAAAAUCAUCUACAUUAACAUCGGCAUUAACUACAGUCAUUAAUGAGCUUAUUUUAAAUCGAACUAUUAAAGUUAUAAGAUAUUUAAAAGAUAUUGGACUUGCUCGUAUGAUUGAAUCAUUACUUGGUUCAUUAACAGGAACAUUAACUGCAGAAUUAAAUGGACAACAAUGGCCAGUUAUACCACCAAUUUUUACAUGGAUUUAUCAACAUAGUGGUUAUAGUCAAGAUGAAAUGUUUGAAUAUUUUAAUUGUGGUAUUGAUUAUUUAAUUAUAAUUGAUCAUACAAAAUCAUCUAUUGAAACUAUUCUUCAACAAUUAACUGAAACACAAACAACAUGUUUUCUUCUUGGAACAUUUACUUCAACAAAUUCUACUUCAAUACGUAAUAAAACAAUUCGUGUACCUCAACAAUCUCAAACACGUACUGUUCAACUACAAAAUAUUUCGUUUAAAUAUCCUAAACCUUAUCUUACAUCAAAUAAUACACCAUUAAUCGUUAAAGAUCGAAUGAAACAACCGAUUGCAAAUGAUAAAACACGUGGUGCUGUACUUAUUUCAACAAAUGAUACUUCAUUACUUUCUCUUCUUACUUAUUCAAGUUCAACAAUAGAUUGUGCAUUUGAAAUUGUUCUUGUUCUUUCAACAUUAGCUGGUCUAUCAGAUAUGGCUCGUGUUAAUGAAUUAUAUCCAUCUGUUGUAACAAAAGUUAUUCAACCAAAAAAAUAUGCUGCAAGAAAUUAUGAUUUAGAUCAAAAACUUGAUGAUGAAUUACAAUUACAUGGUUGUGAAUUAGUUAUUCUUGAUCGUUAUGCAUGUCGUUUAUCACCAUCAUUUAUUCAAGCAUGGCGAGGACGAUUAUUAAAUAUAUAUCCAUCUUUAUUACCAGCAUUUCGUCAUAGUCCAUCACCAAUUCGUGAUGCAUUACAAGCUGGUGUUCGUAUUACAGGUGUUACUGUUCAAUUUAUUGUUGAAUCAGAUACAGAUAAUGAUGGACCAAUUAUUGCACAAGAAAGUAUUCAUAUAACACCAAUUGAGAAUGAAAUUCAAUUAGAAAAUCGUUUACGUAUACUUGAACAACAAUUAUAUCCAAAAGCAAUUGAUAUGGUUGCAUCAGGAAAAAUAACUUAUCAAGAAAAAAAACGUUUAGGAAAAACAAAUAUUAAUCCAACAAGGACAUCGUCUGUUUAUUAA